CCCAGAGACGCCUGAAAACGUAAGAUGGUCAACUGUAGGAGCAGCAAACAUGAAAGAAAUCAGCGUCAGUUCUGUAACUGGGCAGCUGUGGGCGGUUGAGAGGAGCGGCAAGGUGUGGCGUGCACCUUUCUACUGUGAAAUUUCAGCGAAGUACGACUGGGAAUCAGUUGGUGGCUGCUUCGCGUCGGUAUCGGUAGGGAGUGCAGGAGUUUGGGCUGUGGAUGAUGUUGGUUCCGUGUAUCACAGAUCAGGGACGUUUCUGAAUGAAACCUCCCCUGGUGAAGAGUGGGUGCACGUACCAGGGAUAAAUCUGCGACAAGUGGCUGUGGGAGACGGAAUAGUCUGGGGUGUAGACUCUAACAACCGCGUGUUUGCAAAUGUUCUAUCAGCACCUGUCGGCACGGAAGUGUGCCAAGUGGGCCUGAAAGGACGUUCGAUGUGCUACGCUACACGAAAGGGUAACAUCACUCUUUUUGUGAUCAAACACAUACUCAACGUAGAGGCUCCUUUAAAAUGUUGGCAUAUCUUUUCAUAAAUUAAUCAUCGGGCGAAACGUCCUG